GCAACCUCGACCACCAAAGGACAUGCGUGGAAGCGCAGCAGGAGUUUCUAUUGCACUUGCGUGGCAGCGUCUCGUUCGCGGAGAAGGUAGGAUGGGCCCGAAAGCCAAGAGCAAGAAGAAGGAGCCAGAGCCGAGCGACAAUGGCGUGACGCGGCCGAUGCUCGUGGCCAACUACGUCAAGAUGUGCCGGUCGAUUGGCGUGCCUGUGAACCCGUCCAUGUCGGACGCGCUCAAAGGCAAGGGCGACGAAGCCGAAGAGCACUUGACGCAGCUCAUUGUGGACGAUGAGUUUGGACCGCUCGGCAGCGGCGGUGUCCGCGCCAUGGCCUGUGCUGUUCUGGGCGCUGUGCCCCACAGCAUCACAGCGGCGUACAUGCAUCUCUCGACGAUCCGUAUUUGGAAUAAUCCGAUUGGGGACGAAGGCGCGUCGGCCAUCGCAUCGAUCCUCUGUGAAGGCAAUGGCCUUGUGAACGUCGUGUACGUUGAGCUCAUGGACUGCAACAUUGGCGUCGAGGGCUGCAAGAUGCUCUCGGACGCGCUCUACUCGAAUAAAAAGUCGCCGCUUCAAACGCUCAAGCUCAACUGCAACAAUGGCAUUGGCGACGCUGGUGUCUAUGAGCUCUGUCAAGGCCUCUUUACCAAUACGACACUCAAGCAACUCCACUUGGAGUUUUGCAGCAUUACGAAAGAGGGUGCGGUCGUCUUGGCGCAGCUCGUGAGCAUGGCCAAGAGUGCACUCCACUCGCUGAGCCUCCAGGGCAACACGAUCGGCGACGAAGGCCUCUUGAACCUCUCGCUGGGCCUCAAGCGCGCGCGGUCGCUCACGAAGCUCAAUCUCUCGGACAAUGCGAUCCGCAAGGACCCCGAGGCGCUCACAGCGUUCAAGGACGCAAUUGAGCACUGCAAGACGCUCACCAAUAUCUAUUUCUCGUUCAACUUGAUUGACGUCGAGGGCGCCGAGAUUCUCUUGCCGUUAAUGGAACAGGACGACGGACGCAUCAAGGCCUUUGAAGUGGACCCGUCACUGCCGCCCGAGAUCUUCAAGAAGCUCAAUCGCAGCGAGAAGGGCGAAGGCAAAAAGAAAAAGGGCAAGAAGAAGGGCAAGAAAAAGUAGCAAACCGACGAAAACCGCGAAAUAUUGCGAUUCCUUGACGAGCUUUCUAUUUUGUAUACUCUAGUAUUAAACCCACAGGGAUAAGAGUAAGGCUUGGAGCUCGU